UUUGAUAACAAUUAUAAACAAACCGUUCAUACACGCCGGCUAGUUAGCAUAUCAAUACUUGUGUGUAUCCGAUUUUUUUUUAUUUUUAUACAAAACGAUUUCGUUUUUUAUUGCUUUAUUUUUUUUUCAUAGCCUUGAAAUAUCGAUAGCCAUUGGAUGAUUCACACACGUGGGGGUCGCGUCUCGUUCUUGUGUAGCAGACGAGCCGAGUCGAUGUAACGGAAUGGAGUAAAGAAAGCAAAACAAACCACUACCGGUGUGUUGUGCUCACAGUUCACUCGUCGGAGUAUAGAGAUUUUUGUUUUGGUGUGUUUCUCCUGAAGGUUUUUAACACACUGGUCAUUUGAAAAAAAAAACACGGACUAUUUCUAAGAUGGACAAAAAAUCUAGGUGAUAUUCAGGAUCUACAUCUGUUACCUGUGAAGUGCGAUUACAAUCUUUAAAAGGACGAUGUCCGGUGAUCAAUAAAAUAUGGAUUUAAUCAGCAACCGACCCAGGCAGGCCUGUCGGUCAAAGGUGCUGACCCAGAUCUGUCUGUUGACGCUGGUCGUCGCGCUUCUGUUUGGACACGUGGACAAGGUCAGGGCUCAGGGUGAAGCUCCGCCGACCUCCACAGUAGAAAGCUUGCAAAAUGGAACAGAAACGAUCACAGAGGCGAAAGCAACCACUUCCACCGAAGCCACCAUUGCAGCAACAGACGCAUCAUCUUACACAACACCAUCAGAUACAGCACCGUCGCCAACAAAUGUUGACCCCACAAGUCCGGCGACGUUGUCAGAAAUUUCGACCAUCAUUCCCCAGGAAUCACUCGCUUCCUCCACCCCCACAUUCCAAACCAGCGUUCUUUCAUACGCUGACACCCCUUCAAACAUGGACUCGUCCACCCCUGCAGUUACAUCCUCAGCGCUUCAAGAAAAUUUAUCCGUGGACUCUUCAAGUAAUGGGGUAACUUCUUCCAUAGAGUCUUCACAAGGUGUUGAUGCUUCAUCCAUCUUGUAUGAUUCACCGUCACAGACAAUAGCCUCAAGUGUUCCACCUACUGACACAACUCAGCAAUCAAGUGAGUUUCAAACUCCAAGCUUAUCAACAAAUGCUGUGGAAGCUUUGACCACACUUGUGACAUUCCAAACUUCUGAGAUGCCUUCAGCACCAAUGUAUACAGGACAAGAAUCUACUUACGUGGUCUCUGAUUGGUCAGAUUCACCAGUUCAGGAUACAAUCAAAGCUUCUGAUUUGUCAGCUUCAUCAACACAAGAUGCAAUCAAAGCUUCUGAUUGGUCAGAUUCAUCAACACUAGAUACAAACAAAGCAUCUGAUUGGUCAAUGUUAUCAGUUCAGGAUUCAAGCUUACCAGCUACAAUCCAAUCAAGUUCAACUGAAUUUGUUAUUACUACCUCAACUUUGAUCAAUUUUCCCCAAAGUUCUGCUUCCAGUACAGAAUUACUAACAACCGUAGACUUAUCCUCAAGUGUUCUUGAUCCUGGGUCCUUGAAAGUGUCUGAUGUCACCACAACUGAGAUGUAUCCCACUAGUGUUGUAACUGAUUCAAGUUCCAGUUCAGUGGUUUUAAGUGAAUAUUCAUCAGAAACCAAGUUAGACUCGUCAACAGGUUUGGUUUAUAAAAAUGUUUUGCUUUGUUAG